GGCAAAAGAGCUUUGAUCACGCCUCGAGUCUGCAGAAAAGAAAAAAAAAAAGGAAUUAGUGCCAAAGGGUGGUAAAACAUUUGAGACAUGCAUCUUUGACAGCUAGGCUUAGGCAGACAGGAUCUGCGGGGUGUGAAUUAGUUUGACCAGCAACCAAUGCCGUCAGGAGCCGAGUUUGUUCACUACUCAAGGGCUCGUGAAAUUGGCUUUACAAAUGGCAGAAAAAAGAAGCGGGACGGAAUCUCUUCAGAAACCAAUCAACCCGACAACGAAGGUCCAAGCAGGAGUUCGAGG